UGCUUUCGCCGCAGAGUUCACAGCUGAGAGAGAGAGAAUGGCGUCAUCAUCGGCGAGAGGAGAGCUGGAGAAGAUGGGGAUCGAUCAGCUGAAAGCGUUGAAGGAGCAAGCGGAUCUGGAAGUGAAUCUCCUCCAGGACAGUCUCAACAACAUCCGCACAGCCAACGCUCGCCUCGAAUCCGCCGCGGGAGCUCUCAACGAUCUCUCUCUUAGACCUCAAGGUAAGAAGAUGCUUGUGCCACUCACUGCGUCUCUCUACGUGCCUGGGACACUUGAUGAGGCUGAUAAGGUUCUAGUUGAUAUCGGCACUGGUUACUUCAUCGAGAAAACAAUGGAGGAUGGAAAAGACUAUUGUCAGAGGAAGAUCAGCUUGUUGAAAUCCAACUAUGAACAACUCUUUGAGGUGUUGGCCAAGAAGAAAAGCGUGGCAGAUGAAGCCGGGAUGGUCUUGCAGGGUAAAGUUAGACAGUUACAAGCUGCAACCACGUCCUGAAAAUUCAUUCAUUCUCUUGUGGCUUUUACUAUUUUGAUGUUUUGAGACUGCACAUUUGUUUUGUCUGAUCAGUUUUGUAACGAGUCUUAUGAUCUCAAAUCGGAAUAUGUUUUGUGUUCUAUAAGAACUUUGUGCUGUAAUAUCAAAGAGAACAAUUGUUGCUUA